AACUUGAAAAUUAUUAAUUUCUACAAACAACAAAAAUGAUUGUUUAAACAUAUAUGGAGAAGGCCCAAACCCAAUUUGGAUGGUGUUUUGACUAUUUUUCCGUACUUUCCCGCCUCGGUGAUCGAGGCAAAACAAGCAAUCGGUGGCACUAGCAGUUGAGAGAGAUUACAAUCGACAAAAUUGUGUGGUUUGUUUUGUUUGCUGUUCUUAAUGAUUAGUGUAGUCUUUUCCCGUUGAUUUGAUUGGUCACGUUCUACAUCCGUCUCUUGUCGUCUCCGAGGGUAUCUAAUUUGUUUUGUUUCCUGGUGAGUGUAGACUUUUAGUUAGCGUUUCUUUUCUUGCUUCUUCUUCUUGGUCUCGCUUCAGUCGUUCUUGUAAGAAACUGAGGUGAAUGCGCAAUUGCCAAAUGGGAAAUAAAGUGGGAAAAUAUGGUGGCAAUGGUGUGAAUAAGCUCUUUGGCGGCAUAGCUAGUUUCCUGAGGAGAUGUUUAUUUCGAGUUCUAUCUGUGGGUCCCUUGCCUUCUCACCUCGCCUUUAUCAUGGAUGGAAACCGAAGGUAUGCAAAGAAGAACAAUCUGGAAGAAGGGGAUGGCCACAAGGCUGGCUAUCUAGCUCUAAUGUCUUUGCUUCAUUACUGCUAUGAAUUAGGAAUCAAGUAUGUUACUGUCUAUGCCUUCAGCAUUGAAAAUUUUAAGAGGCAGCCGGAUGAGGUUCGAAGCUUAAUGGAUCUAAUGCUAGAGAAGAUUGAGGGUUUGCUUAUGGAAGAAAGCAUUGUGAAUCAGUAUGGCAUCAGGGUGUAUUUUAUAGGUAAUUUGCAACUCUUGAGUGAGCCUGUCAGGGCUGCUGCUGAAAAGGUGAUGCAGGUCACUGCUAACAAUGAUAAGGCUGUGCUUUUAGUGUGUGUGGCCUAUACUUCAUCCGAUGAAAUUGUGCAUGCUGUCGAUGAAUCCUGUAAAGAUAAAAGUGGUAAAAUUCGACUGUGGAACUCAGACGAAGCUUACAAUAGCGUGAUAGAAAAAGAGUGUAAGAAGAUUAAUGGUAUGAUUGUGCAUGAUGUUCAAAAUUUGUGUAAUGAUAGGUCUGAUGAAUCUAUCGUUUUAAAGGCCAGCAGAGGUUGCAAUGGGGUGAUUGGAGGAUUUCAGACAGAAAAUGGUGUCACUACAUAUCAUGCCCAUGAAUCUUUUGAGUCUAAGUGGGAUGAAGUUCUAACAACCAAGGCAACCAAAGCAGGCGAAUUUUCUGCUGUGGAGGUUGAAGGUUGUGAGAAUAUGCGAGAGGAGCAUCCUGCAAUAAAGCUGGUAGAUGUUGAGAAGCACAUGUAUAUGGCGGUAGCACCUGAUCCUGACAUACUAAUUCGAAGCUCUGGUGAGACCCGCCUGAGUAAUUUUCUACUUUGGCAAACCAGUCACUGCCCAUUGUAUUCUCCCGCUGUGUUGUGGCCAGAGAUAGGUUUGUGGCAGUUGGUGUGGGCGAUAUUAAACUUCCAACGAACCCAUUCUUAUUUGGAGAAAAAGAAGAAACAGUUAUAGCCCGUACAAUACUAAAAGAAGAUCGUCUUGUUCUAGUGCACUGCACUGCUCCCUGGACCAUGAUACCACUUGCUCUUCUGUGCUUACUUUGGCCUUCUUAUAAUUUAUAUUGCCGUGCCUUGGCAUUCAAAUUUUGGAUGGAAUAUCAAAUAGCAUGAUCUUUGGUUAUUUACUGUAAGUAACCUUAUGUACAAUGGAUCUUAUGAUAAGAAAUAAGAAGUGACUAUGAAUUUAUGCA